UUUCUGUUCCACAUGUUAAAUUUUCAGUAACAGAACCAAAGAACCAGAACUAGUUGCAUCAAUCAAAUGUUUGAUGCUGCAUCAACUGUGCCACGAAGGUGUGAGAGUUCAGCUUGAGCUUGACCGUAAAAGCUAAGAUAAUAAGUACUUAUUGCUUUUCUCCUAUAUUAAGUCGAGCCAUUUAUACUUAUCUGACAAGUAAUGAUCAGAAUUGUUUAUUGUUUUAUUCGUGGAAAAAAACACUAACUUUCUACCAAAUCCCGAGAAAUGAGAAUUAACAAUGGUAAUCUAGUGGAUUAAAUGGCUGAUAUAGACAAGAAAAAAAAAGUUGAUUAGCAUCGAAUAUCUGGCAAUUCAAAGACAAAACCUUUAAGAAAUGAAUUUAACAAUGAUGAUGUAAUUGAUAAGUAUAAAAUAUUUUUGAUGAUCAAAUUUUUAUCUUACAUGUUGAAAGUUUGAACUGUUGUGUCCACGUAAAUUCAACUUAAUUUAGAUGAAUUCAUGAACCAAAAUGAUAUAAAGUUGGGCGGGGAAGUUACUUAAUGGUUAAGAAGUUUGGCUUAUGAUUAUCCCACUUUGUGAAGUAUGGACUCCUUUAUCGAUAUUGGAGCUGAGAGAUGUUUCUUAAUGGCCAAGUUCUAACCAAGAAACAUAAAAGCCUAAAUUGAAGAAAAAGUCUCCCAACCAACAUUUUGAAUUGUUAUGAGAUAAAGCUUCAAAUAUCAUAAUCUACGAAAUAACAAAAAAAAAUAUAUUGAGAAAAGGUAAAGCCACUCAUCAAAAUUCCAAAGUGGUGAAAAUAAAGCAAGUGAAGACACAUACAUUAUCACAUAAAAAGUAGCAUACACCAAGAAGUUAGAUAAAAAGUUAAGAGAAUAAUUUUAUCAACUUUUUUCUUUUGUUUUCUCUCUAAGUUUUUUAUUUGAAAUUUGAUCAUAAUGUACGUGUGAAUGUGUAUAUACCAACAGCAACUUUUUAUUAGUUAUAUAUUAAAAAUGUCUAAUAUAAAGUGGCUGAAGCAUAUGUGAUUAAGAUAUAUAGAGAGAGAGAGACAAGCCAGCAAGAAAAAUUGAGUACAAACACACACACACACACAAAAGAAUAACUCCAAAUUUUUAAACAACAGUAAAAGAGAGAGGGGAAAUGAACAAAAUGAGCAAUACAGUGAUAGGAUUCUUGAACAUCCUAACACUAAUCUCCUCUAUAGUUAUAAUAGGAUCAGCUCUAUGGAUGGGUAGGAGCAAGACAACAUGCGAGCAUUUCCUUCAGAAGCCACUUCUGGUUUUAGGCCUAGCAAUCAUGGUCUUGUCACUAGCUGGUCUGAUAGGAGCAUGCUGUGACGUAGCUUGGGUCUUGUGGGUGUACCUCUUCUUCAUGGUCUUCAUCAUAGUUGCGCUCAUGGGUUUGACCCUUUUUGGGUUUAUUGUAACUAACCAUGGUGGUGGUGUGGGUGUGACUGGUAGAGUUUAUAAAGAGUUUAAGCUUGAAGAGUAUCAUCCAUGGCUUAAAACAAGGGUAAUGGAUGCUAAUUAUUGGUUGACUAUAAAGACUUGUCUCUUGGGCUCACUCACUUGCUCUAAGCUCUCUUUUUGGACUCCUAUUGAUUAUCUCCAAAAGGACUUGACUCCUCUUCAGUCUGGCUGCUGCAAACCACCAACAUCGUGCGUAUACAACACGGAGACGCCAAUACAGCAAGAAUCCGAUUGUUACCGGUGGAACAACGCUGCGACGGUGCUCUGCUACGACUGUGACUCGUGCAGAGCUGGCGUUUUAGAGACAGUGCGGCGUGAUUGGCAUAAACUCUCUAUAGUUAACGUAGUCAUUGUUGUCUUCCUCAUCGCCAUUUACUGCGUUGGUUGCUGCGCGUUUAAAAACGCCAAACGCCCUCAACAUUACGGUUUUCCUUAUGGACGUUACGGCAUGUCCAAGUCUCGACCCGGAUGGGAUCAGUCUUGGGCGAGGUGGUGGCGCGGUGGAGAUCGGUAUUAGUGAAAAAUUAUGUAAUGUGUUUUCGAGUUAGUGACUCAACUUAAGUCUUGGCCUCUUAAUUAUAAAUACAUAUUGUACAAGAGAGCCUAAUUUUCAUUUAUGAUGUUGAAAAAAAUUAGAUUAACAAAGAGAUGGUAGCAACGAAACAUAGUUAAAAAUCGCAUAGUACUGCAACAUGUUUAAUUUAGCAUACCAUGGCUAAGACAUUGAUCAUGAGUAUAUCAUGGUAAAAUGGGUUAUCUUUGGGCAAGUCAUGAGGAGGGCCUUAAGUUGAGGCCCAUCUAGGUAUAAAUCUAGGGUUAUUAAUAAAAUCACGAAAACCCUGCCUUGUAGAUAACGUCUGCAAACAUUUCUCCCAUAUCGGAAGCUUCACUAUAUGACACUCGUCCAUGGCGUAGUAUACAAUAAGAAGAUGGUCGAACUUUGAAAGAUACUUACCUGGACGGGGUCGACUCUUGAUCAAGAAGUAAAGUGGCCUAAGUUAGUGACUUCCAUUGCACAUUAAGGAAGGGUGCUUAGCUUAAAGUCUUCCCAAGUGGAAGAGCUUGCGUCAUAAUUUGUGGCAGUGGAGGCCUGCGUUCGCGCGGCCUCUUCCAAUUUUAAAAGUUCAAAUUUUGAUCAAGAGGUCUAAAAGAUUGUAUGGAGCUUAAAAUCCUCAGUUUCUACCAUACCGAGAGCCUGGUGUUUAUUUUUGUCAAGCAAAGAGGCUGAUGCUAGAAUAAGUUCUUAUCUCAGAUCUAAAGAAAACAAAUUUCGUUUCUCUGAUUAUGAAAUGCUUGACAGCUACUUGGUUGCAUGGUUAGUUUGUAAUACCAAAAUGACUUAAUUGUAAGAUUUUUUUUUU